CCACUAUCCAUCAACCCAUCCCAACGCCUCCUCCCUCCACUGCACCUCCAAACUCCUCCAAAUUCUUUCCGUCCAGUUCAUCGCUGCAGGCAGUGUACCCAAACAACAACAAAAAAAAUGGUCCAAGGAUCCCUCAAGAAAACCAAGCCCUCGGGCGGCUCGACCUCGAAACGUCCCACAGCCCUCGCCCCCAAACGCGGACCCCGCCAGAUCGCCCCCAAGAAAGCCUCGCUCAUCAAGCAGCAGAAAUUGACCAAGAAACUCACGGCCGGGUUGACCGCUCGUACGGAGAAGAAUCUCGCGGAGCGGGCGGGCCACCUGGAGCUGUUGGCCGGUGGGAAGAAGGAUAAGAAGGCGGAUGCUUCCAAGGCAAAGAAAUAAGGGCUUGCGGGGAAAAUGGCUUUGCUUUUUUGGGGGGGGGGGUGAGAAGAUAAGGGAGCCAAGUCGAGGAAGGUUCUAUAUAUAAAGUUUCUGGGGGGAAGAUAGGAUACAUACGAGUAAUGAAAUUAGAUACCCUUUUUC